CACAGGCCUGGAUGCUGUGCUCGGCCAUGGGGCCGCGGGGCUUCCCGCCGCUUCUGUUGGUGCUCCUGAGCUGCUGCGCUUCAGCGAGCACCCAGGCCGUGGCCACCCCGGCUGUGGCCACCCCAGCCAUGACGCAGGAGGACCUCAACUCCACCGAGGCCACUCCAGUCAUGACGCAGGAGGACCUCAACUCCACCGAGGCCACCCCAGNCAUGACGCAGGAGGACCUCAACUCCACCGAGGCCACCCCAGCCAUGACGCAGGAGGACCUCAACUCCACCGAGGCCACCCCAGACAUGACGCAGGAAGACCUCAACUCCACCACUCCAGCCACUCUCCGAACCUCCGGGUCGCCUAGGACCCCGGGUACUCCCAGGGCCCCGGAGCUCUCUGGCCCCAGGCCCACCCCGGUCACUGACGUUGCUGCUCUGUGUGUCUGUGACCUGCUUCCAGCACGGUGUGAUGUCAACUGCUGUUGUGACCCUGACUGCAGCCCCACAGAUUUCAGCGUCUUCUCUGCCUGCUCAGUCCCCGUUGUCAUGGGUGAUAGACAGUUUUGUAGUCAGAAGGCAGCUGUCUACUCAAUGAAUUUGACAGCAGACCCUCCUCACCGGGUCUUUAAACUCAUUGACCAGAUCAACCCUUCCAUCUUCUGCAUCCAUAUUUCAAACUACAAGCCUGCUCUGUCCUUUGCUAACCCGGAAGUGCCUAAUGAAGACAAUUUCGACAGACUGAUACAAGCAUCGGGUGGCUUUGCGCUGAGUGCCACAUCCAACGGUCCUUCUACAGCUACCUCAGAUGCCCCACAGCCCACUAAAUACGAGUAUGGAGUUCCUCUGCAGACUGCAGGCACAUCUUCAGGUUCAUUUCUUAGACUGCCUUCGCCUCUCAUGUCAUCUCUGUGCACAGAUGAGAACCCUGCAGCAUUCCUGGUGAGCCAAGCCUUUGAAUGCAGCAGAAGGGUGGACAUAGAAGAGUGUGAACAAGUGGAAGCCCUCAGCAUGGCUCAUUACAGCAGCCCUGCCAUCUUGAGGGUGCCUAAUUCAACGACACAGGUCUCCAUCAAGAUCCAGUCUGUUCUGUAUCAGUCUCUCAAUCACACACUGACCCGGUUAGAAGGCUCUGGCGUCCUGCGGCCUUCUCUGGUCAGCACUGGGCAAGACAGACUCUGCAGCAAUGUUGUUCUUGAGGUGAAGUACAGCCUGCUGUACACAGCCACAGGCCAGAUAUGGGAAGCUGGCCUCUCCCUCGUAUUGGGGACAUUCAGCAGCACAGUGACUCUCCUGCAGCAGAAGUUUGAGAUCCACUUUAUUCAGCAUGACACCAAGCCUGUUCCUCGCAGCGGCAACCCUGGUUACAGGGUGGGACUCCCACUGGCCGCUGGCUUUCAGCCUCAGAAGGGGUCUGGGAUUAUUCAGACAACAAACAGACAAGAACAGUUUACCAUUCUUCAUAGCACAGGCAAGCAGGACUGCCUUGCCAGCGAGGGGCUCCGGGACCCCGUGUUGUUUGGCUACAAUGUACAAUCUGGCUGUCAACUCAGAUUGACAGGCACCAUCCCCUGUGAGCUGCUAGCACAGAAGAUUCAGGGCCUACUGAGAGGCCAGGCCUUCCCUGACUAUGUGGCUGCAUUUGGGAAUUCCCGGGCCCAGGAUGUGCAGGACUGGGUGCCUGUGCGUUAUGUCACCCACUCCUCCAACAUGAAGGGCCCUUGCCAGCUCCCUGUGGCUUUGGGUAUAGAAGUGAAAUGGACUAAGUAUGGGUCUCUGCUGAACCCCCAAGCCAGGAUAGUAAACGUCACUGCCCAGCUCAUCUCCAUUCCAGAGCCUCUCCCAGGGCCUGAGAGGACGAUUGUCAUUUCCACUACAGUGACAUUUGUGGACGUGUCAGCCCCUGCAGAGGCAGGCUUCCGAGCCCCACCUACCAUCAACGCCAGGCUGCCCUUCAGCUUCUUCUUCCCCUUUGUGUGAUACAAGUGGACCCGCAGGAACGUAAGCUGCCUGAGCUGUGACUGUUUCAAUCUCAAGUCGCAGCAGCCCACUUUACCUGCGGCUCUGCAGAACCCAGAGGGCUGUGGGACAGGAGGUGCCGGCCAGGACUCCUGAGGUCAUAGCCCCAUCAGAGGACACAGCCACCAGAAACACGGCCACACUGUCACUCCCUCACCUCAGGCUUCCCAAGCUGGCUGACUAUCUAGAUCCCCUGACUACACCCCCACCCCACCCCGCUGCCCUCUGCGGGAGAACUGCUGGGAAAGUGGACACUGUCUUUCCUGGGAAGACUGAACAGUUUCAGCGCCGACCAGCCAGGGCCCACAGAAGGGCUACUCCUCGGAUAUGCGCACCAGGGGCAGCGUUUGUGCCUGGAGGUGGGCAGAGCAGGAUUUCCUCGUGUUCUCUCUAGAAGCCAGGGGAUGGUAGCCCAUGGCAGCAACGGAGUGGUAACUCAGAGAGACGGGGAGCUCCAUGAGGGGACUCUGGGGCUGGGCAGCC